GCAGCUGCAGAGGAGCAGGCACAGGAGACGGCUGAGGGAUGGCAGCGGGAAGGGGCUGGGGGCUGCUGGCGCUGUGCGGGGCGCUCAGUGCCUGCUGCUGGCUGCUGUGCGCCGGGGCGGCUGAGCAGGAGGCUGCCGCCGGGGCGAGCCGGCGGCGGAGGCUGAGCCAGGAGGACGGCAUCUCCUUCGAGUACCACCGCUACCCGGAGCUGCGGGAGGCGCUGGUGGCCGUGUGGCUGCAGUGCCCCUCCAUCAGCAGGAUCUACACCGUGGGGCGAAGCUUCGAGGGCAGGGAGCUGCUGGUCAUCGAGAUUUCGGAUAACCCCGGGAGACACGAGCCUGGGGAGCCUGAAUUUAAAUAUAUCGGGAAUAUGCACGGGAAUGAAGCCGUUGGAAGGGAGCUGCUUAUUUUCUUAGCUCAGUACCUAUGUAAUGAAUACCAGAAGGGAAACGAGACAAUUAUCAACUUGAUCCACAGCACACGCAUCCAUAUCAUGCCAUCCUUUAAUCCAGAUGGGUUUGAGAAGGCAGCAUCCCAGCCUGGUGAAUUCAAAGACUGGUUUGUUGGCCGAAGUAAUGCUCAAGGAAUAGACCUGAACCGUAAUUUCCCUGACCUGGAUAGAAUAGUUUACAUUAAUGAGAGAGAAGGUGGCCCAAACAAUCACCUACUGAAAAACAUGAGGAAAGCUGUGGACCAGAAUCCUAAGCUUGCUCCUGAAACUAAAAGUAUCAUUCACUGGAUUAUGGAUAUUCCCUUUGUCCUCUCAGCCAAUCUUCAUGGAGGAGACCUUGUUGCAAACUAUCCAUAUGAUGAAACGCGCAGUGGUAGCACUCAUGAAUACAGCUCCUGCCCUGAUGAUGCGAUUUUUCAAAGCUUAGCUCGGGGCUAUUCAUCUUUUAACCCAGCCAUGUCUGAUCAAAACAGACCACCAUGUCGUAAGAAUGAUGACGACAGUAGUUUUGUAGAUGGAACAACCAACGGUGGUGCUUGGUACAGUGUUCCUGGAGGAAUGCAGGACUUCAAUUACCUCAGCAGCAACUGCUUUGAAAUCACAGUGGAGCUCAGCUGUGAAAAAUUCCCAUCAGAGGAAACUCUGAAGACCUACUGGGAGGACAACAAGAACUCACUUGUCAAUUAUAUUGAGCAGAUACAUCGGGGAGUGAAAGGAUUUGUUAGAGAUCUUCAGGGAAACGCGAUUGCAAAUGCUACCAUUUCUGUGGAGGGAAUAAACCAUGACAUUACAUCAGCCAACGAUGGUGAUUACUGGAGAUUGCUUACACCAGGAAACUACAAACUUACAGCCUCAGCACCAGGCUAUCUAGCAAUAACUAAAAAAGUGGCUGUUCCCUUUAGCCCUGCCAUUGGGGUUGAUUUUGAGCUGGAGUCGUUGUCUGAAAGAAAAGAAGAGGAGAAAGAAGAGUUGAUGGAGUGGUGGAAGAUGAUGUCAGAAACGUUAAAUUUCUAAAUGAAGUCUUUGAAUUUUCAGCUUUUAAUCUAUGAUGUGUUGACUUAGUAUAAUGUGCUGUGGACAGACCCUAUAUUUUAGAUCUUGUGCAGUUAACAAUAUUUAACUUUGAUUUUUUUCAGUAAUCUUUUGAUUAGUACCAGCACUAAUUAAAAAAAUGACUAGGCUACUAACUAGACAAAUAAAAAUUAUUAAUUUUUAUUUCAUACUGUUAUAGAAAAUUCACUCUCCUACAUAUACGAUUCACA